CAUGCCUGCCUGGCGCUUAGCAACUUCACUGAGCAACUUCAGUAAAACUUUCAGCCUGAUCACUCCCUCCACGGUGGAGAGCUCUGAAAGGCGCGCGUCCGCACGGGUCAAAGUUUCUGGGACGGCGACACGCCUGCCGGGCGCGCUCUCCAGUAGGUCCGGCCAUGGCUCCGCGUUGGUCAGCGUUCCUCGCGCGCAAAGGGCGAGCGCAAUGGCGACUGCGGGGCAGCACCUUUUGGAGGCCGAGCAGCAGCGCGGCCGAAGCUACCAGCAGCAGCAGAAACCACCUAAUAUACACGCAGGAGCAUUUCGCCCUGAGAGCCUCGCUGAGAAAGAUUAUUGACAAAGAAAUCAACCCAUUUGUGGAAGAAUGGGAAAAAGAAGGCCAGUUCCCAGCCCACCAGGUGUUUAAAUCUCUGGGGAAAGCUGGAUUCCUUGGAGUGAACAAACCAGUUGAAUAUGGUGGCCUGGGAUUGGACUUUUCCUACAGCUUAGCAGUGGCAGAAGAGUUGGGAAAUAUUCGCUGCGGUGGUGUGCCCAUGGCCAUUGGAGUGCAAUCAGACAUGGCUACUCCAGCCCUUGCAAGAUUUGGCUCUGAUGAGCUGAAACAACAGUUUCUUGUCCCAACUAUAGCAGGAGAUGUGGUGGCUUGUUUAGGGGUCAGUGAGCCUGAGGCAGGCUCAGAUGUUUCUGGUAUCAAGACCAAAGCUAUAAGGAAAGGGGAUGAUUAUGUUAUAAAUGGUGGCAAAAUGUGGAUUACUUCUGGGUGUCAGGCUGACUGGAUGUGCCUUUUGGCAAACACAAGUGAAGGACCACCCCACAAAAAUAAAUCUCUUCUAUGUCUUCCAAUGAAGCUAUCAGGUGUUCAUGUUGCUAAGAAAAUAGACAAGAUUGGCAUGAGGUCAUCAGACACGGCACAGAUAUUUUUUGAAGACGUCAGAGUACCCUGCAAAUACCUCAUUGGGGAGGAAGGGAUGGGUUUUACAUACCAGAUGUUGCAAUUCCAAGAGGAGCGUCUGUGGGCCGCUGCCAAUAUUCUGGCACAACUUGAAAAUGUGAUACAGGAAACUAUCGAUUAUACUCGCCAGCGCAAGACAUUCCAGCAGCCAAUACUUUAUAACCAAACAGUGCACUUUCGUCUGGCAGAAUUAGCAACCGAGGUGGAGCUCCUUCGUUCCUUGGUGUACCGAGCUGUUGCUUCCUACAUUCAAGGCAAAGAUGUGACCAAACUGGCAUCCAUGGCAAAACUAAAGGCAGGCCGUCUCACUCGGGAACUAACAGAUAGUUGUCUUCAGUUCUGGGGAGGAAUGGGAUUCACUAAUGAGGUGCUAGUGAGCAGAGUGUACAGGGACUUCAGAUUGUUAUCAAUUGGAGCUGGUUCUGAUGAAGUCAUGCUUUCUAUUAUAUGCAAGUAUAUGGACACCUUACCCAAGAGGCAGCCCCAUAAAUCAUAGGUUCAUCGUGUGUUCGUAGCCUGCAUCUGGUGGGUGGUCUUCUUGGGGAAAUAAUGUACAAUACAGCAAUAUUAAGAGUCAAUAAACUUGAAUUUGAUUACUGUUCAUGUUGCAAAACUCUUGCCUUGCUUAUAACCAUAGGUCGUACAUAUCUACCACCACAAAAAGAGUAGUCAUAAUAAUAUGCAAACAUUGGUUUGUGAUAUAUUAUGUACUUUUAGGAAGCGAUUUAUACUAUUUACUCCAUUGUACAGCAAGAAUAAAGUCUUCCUCUCUCUAGGAAAUAUGAGAAUUUCUGUAAGUGACGGUAUUAGUAACAUUUUCCCGUUUGUGAACUAUGGAUCCAGCCAACUUUUUAAUUUACUCUCACCUAGUUCGUCUCUUUAUUGCUGUACGUACCCUUUGUGACUUUUGUCCAAGCAAGUCCCAUGAACCAUAGCACAUCCUUUUUGGUGGUCAGUGAGGAUCCAAUUUCAGACUUUUUUUACCAGUAGUAAAGCUGUUUGAUCCAACUGUGUGUAUAAAACCAAUUCUUCUACAGAAUUUUGGUGGCAAUGGGGGUGGGAGAACUGAAAUACACUUCCAAAGUUCUAUACAAGUAUUUUUCAAGUUGUAGACCUUGAAUCUCAGAGCUAUGGAUUACAUUUUUUUCACCUAAACUUAUCUGGAGUAAAAGAUAGUAAGUAUAGUAGAAACUAGUUUGUUUCCUUCCGUAAGAAUAUAAGAAGCUUGCUGGGUCAGACCAGUGGCCCAUCUAGUCCAGCAUCCUGUUUCAGACAGCAGCCAACUAGUUGCCCUGAAAAGCUAACAAACACAGCAUAGAUGCAAAUCCCCUCCCCUGAUGUUGCCUCCUAGCACUGAUUACUGCCUCUUAAUAGGAUAGAAUGCACUCCUAAAGAAGACUAAGAGUUUGGAUUUAUAUCCCCCCUUUCUCUCCUUAGGAGACUCAAAGGGGCUUACAAUCUCCUUGCCCUUCCCUCCUCACAACAAACACCCUGUGAGG